AUGUCUGUUGGCUCACUCUUCGCCUACCCAUCGGCGUGUUUCGCCAUUGGGAUCGGGCCUCAUCGAUCUCUUGCCAUUGCAUCGCGGAGCAUUACGUUGGCAAUUGCUUUGCCUGCAGCCCAAAAUUUUGGGGGAGAUGUCAAUACGGUUGCAUCGGUAGGCGUUAUGAGUGGGAUUCUGGAGGUUUUGAUGGAGCAACGGUUUUUAACUUGGCUCAUAAUCCGGGAAGACGACUACGUUACCAGAGGGGUUUCCUUGGGGUCGAACUCGGCCGCUAUAGUCACCGCCCUACUACUUCAGACAGAUCCGCAAGCAGCUGCGCUGUCGAGCUUGUAG